GUCUAAACCUAUACUUAUUUUGCUAGGUCAUUUAGAAAAUCAAGAAAAUACAUCUUUAUUUUUUUUUUAUAUAUAUUUUUACUGAAAACAAUACAAAAAUACCAAGUCAUUUUUGUCAGUGUGACUCCAUUAAAUGUUCUUGUGAUAAAGAAUGUGUGUGUGUGUGUGUGUGUGCGUGUGAUGUAGAUUAAACAUGAACGGGCCAAAACGGACAUGGCAGCAGGUCAAAAUCAAAUACAAGAACAUUCUGCAGAAUGCAGUGAAAAAGAAUACCCACAGACAAGGCACGGGUGGUGGGUCACCAAAGGCUGACCUUACCCCAGCAGAGGACAUGGCCUUGGAGCUAAAUAAAGGCAGGCCCGUCUUAGAGGGGAUCCCUGGGGGGAAAGAGACGAGCAUAGGUUCCUCCCAAGAUGCCACCCGCUUCAUUCAAGUGUCUGGCAGCACUGUGUUCCUGUUAGAGCCACCAGCACAAGCACCAGACGAUGCUGAUCCAGGUGAAAGCCCCAGUGCAGCAGCAACAGCACAUGAUGGAGACGAUGAUGAGGAGGAGACCAUCUCUCUGGAUUCCAGAAGGCAUGAGGACCCAGAUGCUAUACAGUGGGAAAACCAGCCUGGCAACAUAAGCUCACAAGCUAUCAGAAAGUUGUAUGGCAACCACCUCCGGCGCCAAAUAGAACUGGCAGCCAUAGACAUUCAGUACAAGAAGAAAAAGAUAGACAAUCUUGCACUGGAGUCCGAAAUAAAAAAGAGGACAAUUAGGAAACUGGACCUUGAAAUAAAAAAACUUGAGAGGGAGAUGCUCUGCAAUGCUGACUGUGUGAUCAGCAAUGUUGUGGCAAAAUGGCCUGGCUCAGUCCAUGACUCCAGAAUCUUUCAGGCCUCUGAAAUCUAUCAGUGCCUAUCACAAGGUGAAUUCUCUGGUGUGUUGCUGGGAGACAGGGGGUAUGGCUGCCAGCCUUUUCUCCUGACACCUUUCACAGACCCCCAGGAAGCACAGCAGGCCUACAACCAUGCCCAUGCCAGGACCAGGGCCAGAGUUGAAAUGACCUUUGGCCUCCUGAAGGCACGCUUUCACUGCCUUCACAAAUUAAGGGUCAACCCUGUUAGGCCAUGUGGUAUUACUGUGGCUUGUGCUGUCCUCCACAAUGUGGUCUGCCUGAGGAAGGAGAGGGCCCCCAGAGUGCCACCAGCCAUGGACUGGGACAAUCCGGCAAUCUUCCCUGAUGACGACAGUGAGUACCAGGGCCCAACUGAGGAAAAAGGAUAA